CAAAAACGUAACUACGUACUUUCUAACAUAUAUAUCUCAAUGGCUUCAAUGUGCUUCUUUUUUGGUGCGGUUCCACGGUGCAAUCGUUCUUUAGAUAGACGUUUUGACAUUUGCAAGCCAAAGUAUUUAUCACAGCUUCCCUUAAUGGCAGUCAGUACUGAUCAGCUGGCUAAGCCAGAGCAAGUAAUUAGACGAUCGGCAAAUUAUCAACCAUCAUUAUGGUCAUUUGAUUAUAUUCAAUCGCUCUCUAGUAAAUACAUUGGAGAAGAUUAUGCAUCAAGAGCAAAUAGUUUGAAGGAAGCAGUGAAGACGAUGAUACAAAAUGCGGGCAAACCAUCGGGUACCCUUGAGCUGGUUGAUGACUUACAAAGACUUGGAAUAGCGUAUAAUUUUGUUGAUGAAAUAAGUGAUGCCAUGGAGAUGAUUUAUCGUGAUUACUUUCAAACAGAAGACAAGUGGAAUAAGAUGGACAUCAACCUUAAAGCGAUUGGUUUUAGACUACUCAGACAACAUGGUUAUCAUGUUCCUCAAGAGAUAUUUGGGAACUUUAUUGAGAAGAUUCAAGAUCUUAAGCCACACUCACACGAGGAUAUGAAGGGGAUAUUGAACUUGUACGAGGCAUCUUAUUAUUCAUUCGAGAAUGAGGACAUAAUGGACAAUGCUAGAGACAUCACAACCAAGUAUCUCAAUGAAAAUUUAGAGAACCUUGAUGAAAAUAUAUUACCUUUAGUAACUCACGCUUUGGAGGUUCCGUUGAAUUGGAGAAUACGAAGAGUGGAAGCACAAUGGUUUAUCAAAGCAUAUGAGAACAGAGGUCACGCGAAUCCCACGUUGAUCGAGCUAGCAAAAUUGGAUUUCGAUAUGGUCCAGGCUAUCUAUCUUGAAGAUCUAAAACACGCAUCAAGGUGGUGGAAAAAUACAAAAUGGGAGAAGAAGUUUAACUUUGCUCGAGACCGGUUGGUGGAGAGUUUUAUGUGGACGAUUGGUAUCAUAGACGAGCCUCGCCUUAGUUUCGGAAGGAGAUCACUAGCAAAGGUUAUCGCCAUGAUUACUACUAUUGAUGAUGUUUAUGAUGUGUAUGGGACUUUGGACGAACUUGAACAAUUCACUGAUGCUACCCGAAGAUGGGAUCUCAAUGCGAUUAAACAACUCCCAGAGUAUAUGCAGACAUGUUUCUUUGGCUUCUACAACUCGAUAAACGAUAUCACUUACGACACACUCACAGACACAGGCUUACUCAUCCUCGAGUACCUGAAAGAAGCAUGGUUAGGUAUUUGCAAGGCGUACUUAGUAGAAGCACGGUGGUACCAUGAUGGAUACACACCAACAUUCAAAGAGUACACGGACAAUGGUAUCACUUCAAUAUCGGGUCCUUUAGUACUCAUGCAUGUUAUGUUUUUUACGUCAAUUUCUUCAAACGAAGAAAUCCUGCAAUGCUUGAAAAGAUCUGAAUCCAUCAUUCGCUACUCAUCCAUAAUCUUUCGACUUGCUGACGACUUGGGGACAUCCGCGGAUGAAAUGGCGAGAGGGGAUAUCGCAAAAUCAAUCCAGUGUUAUAUGCAUGAGACUGGUGCCACCGAAGAAGAAGCUAGAACUUACAUAAAAUCGUUAAUGAUGGAGACUUGGAAAAUACUAAACAAAGAACGCCCACGCGCGGGUGAUUCUCAAUUUUUAAAAGAGUUUUAUGACGGUGCAACAAAUCUUGUUAAGACGUCGCAGUUCUUUUACAACGAUGGAGACGGUCACGGUCAUCCCGACGUGACCAAAUCUCGUGUUCAGUCGCUCUUGCUUAAUCCAAUCCAAGGAAUGUAAUAUUGUUUUAAAGACUAUAUAUGCAUGGAUCGGACUUCAAUGUAUGUAAUAAAACGUUAAAGGCUAUAAAUAAAGAUUAAUAAUAAUUAUGAGAAUAUAUAUGGUUAUAAAA